AUUGACAAGAUGGUGUAAACUCUAAAAGUAAAUAUGUAAAGCGAGUUUUGUAUCGUUUUCAUUGUGAAUUUUUGUCCUUAUUUUUUAAAAUAAAUUAAAGUUCAUUAAAUCAGGAAAGCUAUAAUAUACAAAUAUGUCGAAAGCAAAGAACAAUUUGUGUUCUGUCUUGUUGAAAGAACAUUUUGGAGAAGUCGUUCAAAAAAUUGGAACACUUUUGAUGAAAAAAGGAUCGAUGCCGUUACGAUUGCUGAUUAUUGAUUCGAAGCUUCCGCUUCAAAAGGUGAAGAAAGCCCUGUGUGUUUUGAUUCAGCACAAUUUGGUAGAGUUCAAAGUGGGUUCUCGUGGGUUUCCUGAAUACACCCUGUUAACAGAUAAUGCAUUGCUAUUGUUGAGAUACCCACGAUACAUUUACAAUGCAAAAACCUUGUAUGGAGACACGGGUGAACUUAUUAUUGAAGAACUACUGACCAAUGGUCAAAUGACCAUGAGUGCCGUUGUGGGCAAGGUCACCUUACGAUUGUCUGAAGCAACGGAAAGUGGUGUGUCAGUAAAUCAAGUAAAAGACGUUUUUGUGAAAUUGGUAGAAACUCAGUUUGUUCAACGUUGUUCUGUUCUGCAGUCGUUCGAUGCAGAGAAACCUGUAGCACCCACAAUGAAUGUAUAUGAAAAGGAAAUGUAUUUAAUUCCAGAGAUAAAGUUGCAUCUUAUCCGUAAAUCAGAAGGCAGUGAUGAACCUCCAGCUAAGAAACGGCGAGUGGAAACCCAAGAAGACAAACAACCCGAUGAGGAUAUUUACUGGAGGGUAAACUUUGAUCGUUUUCACCAUUACCUCAGAGAUCAAGCUUUGAUCACUGCUGCAUCAAGAAGAUUGGGGCCAAAGGCGGCAGAUAUUUUACGAACAAUAUUAAGGUUAGCAGAGACUCGAUCGGACCCCUGGGCUCCAACGACUUGCUGUGUCUCGCAACAAGAAGUAUUUGAGGCUGUAGUUAAAGAAACCAACAUUGUAAAACCGGAAAUUCCUCCUUACCUGUCUGUUCUAACAGAAGACAGUGCCAGCUUAUUGUCGAAAGUGGAAGAUCGAGGUGGAGGUGUAUACACGGUCACGACUUAUAAGGCUUUACAGCAGUUAGUGGAAGCUAUUAUUAUGUCUGUGGUGGAAGACAGAUUUGGAUCAAAAUGUUGCAGAAUAUUCAGGUUGUUACUGAUGAAGAAGUAUUUGGAACAGAAGCAGAUCGAAGACCUUGCCAUGAUUCCAGCUAAAGAUACCAAGGAGUAUACAUACAAACUGUUCCAGGAGAAGUUUCUGAAUGCUCACGAAGUGCCUAGGACCAUGGAUCAUGCCCCAUCUCGUACAUUCUUUCUCUUCUACGUUAACAUAAGCCAGGUGUGUAGAAUGGUUGUAGAAAGGUGCUACAAGGCAGCUCACAACGCUAUCAGUCGACAAGAGUGGGAAACUAGAGAAAAUAAACGGCUCUUGGAGAAACAGCAGAGAGUGGAGGCUAUUAUCGCCACUCUUAGAGAAAAUUCAGCAGACCAAACACAGAUUGAUGAGGUAGAAGAAAUGAUAACUCCUCCAGAACGUGCACAACUCAGUCACACUAAAAGUGUAGUGAACAAGUUAGAAAGAAGCCAACUUCAACUUGACGAGACAAUGUUCAUAUUGACCUUGUUCAUCAACUUCAGGAAGUGAGUUCCUUAAAACUGUAGAUAUUUAUUCUUUAACGUACGUUACUCAGUUGAACUCCUGAACCAGCAACAGACAGUUGAAAGACGUGAUUCAAAACAACAAGUGGCUCUUUCUGCGUCUUAAAUCUUUCUUCUGACCUAUGAAGAUAUAUUUUUAGGACAAUUUAAGUCAACAGUUAAUAAUACACAAUCAGCUGACUGUAUAGGGAUAAAAUAAAUUACUGUGGGACUAAGAAUAGUCUCAUACACCACAUGUUUUAAUACCACCUUGCAUCAGUUAAAUCCUAUAUACAAUUCAGCUCACCUGUUAACGUCUCUCUCUGGUCCUUCAUCCUUAUUUGAUUAUCUCGGUAGGUUUACAGAUAUUACUAUCACUGAUGUUUGUAGGUUGUGCUAAAUACUUUUUUUCCAUAGACUCGGUCCCCGGGAACGACCUCGUAACCAUUUUGUGCUUGUUAUAGUUUUCGUACUAUAACUUUCAAUACAGUAAGCGUAUCUUCACAAAAUUUUGCAGAUUAUCAAUAAACGUUACAAAAAAUAUCAUAGUUUUUAAACGAUGGACUAUCCAACAUGCAAAGUGAUUUGGAUUUUAAGAUUGAAAAUACUUUUAUGCAUUAGAAAAUUGUUCAAAUUUCACAUGAGAAAUCUUUAUAACCUCCAGAUAUUUCCAAACAUUUUAUUUUAUCUAUUGUAUCUCUGUAUGGGAUUGGGUGAAUCGACCAACGUCAUAACCACGAUAAUAAAAUUGGGAAAUAGAUAUAAAUAAUGUUUGGCAUAACAUUACACAUUUUAUUGACCUUUCAACCAUGUCUGACUAACAUUACAGAAGUUGCAAUGACCGGUGCACGUGCACUCAUGUUACCGUAUCCAGUAGUAUAAAACUGUCUUGGCUUGGUUCUAUUGCAGUGUUUCUCAAUUGGGUAAAUGAGUAUUAUCAGUUAUUAUUAUUCAUUCUAGUUGUAGUUUGAUAUUUAAGUCAUAACAAAGAAUAAAGUGAGCUGUUGUGAAUGAUAUUGGAAAACCACUAUUCUAAUGGACCAGUAUUUCGGUUAUAAUACAUUAUAUGUGAACAAGGAGUUAUUAUUAAUCAAGUACAUAGCAGCAGAAAGAUGAUUUAAUACUAAUAUUGUUGACAGAGCUGUCAGAAAAUUAAAUAACGGGGAUAAAAAUACUACAUUAUAAAUAAAUUAAACCAGGUAUACAUGGUAAUGUUUCUUUCUUAUCUUGUCAAAUAAAGCAACAACAAAAUAUCUUUCCAAUAUAUAUAUAGACCAAUGAACAAGAUUAGCCAAAUUCGUAAUAUAACUAACGAUAAAAUUGAUUUAAUGGAAAGAACUGAUAUAUACAAAAUAACAGGCAAAUAUGGAAAUACUUUUAUAGGACAAACUAACUUAAAAAUAAUAAUAAAAGUACCUGAACAUACUAAUGAUACUAAACACUUGAUUUAAUGGGGGAAAACGGCCUGCAAACAUCAAUGGUAAUAAUAUCCAUAAUUAAAUGUAACAAAAAUAAUUUUAAAGUAUUAAAUAAGAAUGAAGAACCAGAGGGAAACAUUGUUAAUAGGUGACGUGAAGUACUUUACUCUUGUACCUGUUCAUAAAUUUAAUUACUUCCGAUUGUAUACAAGGCUUAAGACAUGUUCCCAGUCCCACAUUAUUUUAUCUUUAUACAGUAAAAUUAUCAUGUAUUUAUUUGUUGUUGUUGUUGAGACCGUGGAGAGGCUCAUAUUAAAUUCUUUGACUUUAUUUCUCUAAUCCUAUUUUUACUUGUAACAGAACUGUCAUUAUUUAGAUUAAAAUAAACUUCUUACUCUU